AUGGCUGGUGACCCGCUCAAGCUCUGUAGCGAGUCUGAUCUGCGUCGAUUUGCGCUGUGCUUCAUUAAUUGUGAUAGCCCGACGCAGGUCGACUGGGAGACGGCCUCUAAGCAAUUCAAUCCUGAAACACAAAUAGCCUCCUUCAAAACAGUAACCUCGAAAGCGCUCAACAGGGUCAUAGCGGGUCUCACAGGGUCUCCCGAGGCGAAUGGCGUCUCAUCAGCCGGGGGCAAGAAAAUGAUACAAGGGAGUAAGCGAAAGGCCGGGUCGCAGGCCGCCGGGUCCACUGUCAAGCGCAAAACUACGACCAUGUCCAAGAACACAUCAAAAGCAAAAGGCGAUGUUGGCGAACGGCUCUCAGAUGAUGAGGCUCUGGAUGCAACUGCCAAUGAUCAAAGUGUCAAGACGGAGGUUCACGACGAGUGA